AUGUCGUUCAUUUGUGUAACAGAAAUAUCUUCUUGCAGCAUCAUCAGCACUAAGGAUAUACUAGCUAGUUAUGGUCAGCCUGACGAAAGGAUUAAGAAAGAGAAAAUACCAUCUAAUGGGAACUUGAACAUGGAUACACCUAAUGUGGAACCUAAUAAUACAGAAACCACGCUCAUUGAAACUGACCACCAGAGUGCAGAUACAGGGCAAUGUCUAAAACAAACCAUAUCAAAGGGGGAGUUAAUCAUUGAGGAAUUAAAAAGUGGACCACCUGAUGCUAAAGUAGCUGCACUUGGUAAAAAGGUUAAAAUUUAUUACACGGGGCAUGUCUUUGAUUCGAAUGUUGAUAAAGAUGCUAUGUGUAUGCGUAUUGGUGGAAAGAGGAGGCUUAUCGUCCCACCUUCAAUAAGUUUUGGAGAUAACGCAUUGGGAGAAGAUGUUCCACCUCAUGGCUGA